AUGUCUACUCCCGAUAUCUCUCAAUUGAGCCCUUCGCAACAGGAGGCGUUGCAGACUUACACUUCAGUUACUGCGCAAGAUCCGAUAGCCGCAAUCCCCCUGCUACAAAGAUGCGAGUGGAAUGUCCAGAUCGCUAUCGCUCGUUUCUUCGAUGGCGAAUCAGCAACAGAUCCUGUAGCAGAAUCUCGUUCUACCCUUCCGGUUACUUCUGCUCGACAGACGGCCAACCUCCAAUAUGAAUCCUUCCUGGCAUCGACUCGACCUCCUGCUCCGCGUCGACACCCUGAAGAUGUCGUGGAAAGAGUUGAUACCAGUGCCACUACCGAAACCCAGUACCGUCCUCCGUUCUUAUUUUCCAUAUUUUUCACUAUGAUUAGUUCGAUAUACCGGGUGUCUAGGACGAUACUCUCCCCAUUCGGGUUCCUGGUCCCUUCGUUUCUUAUCCGCCUCUUUCACCGUCUAAUUUACCAACAAUCACGUCCUGUACGAAGAGCUCUGCCACCAGGGGAAAACGCAAGAAGGUUCACCCGAGAGUUCAGUGAAGAGUAUGGAGAGAAUACAAUACCCUUCUCAGAGUCAGGCUUCAACUUAACUCUUGACAACGCGAAGAAAGAUCUUAAAUUCCUCCUCGUGGUUCUACUCUCCCCAAGUCACGACGAAAAUAACACGUGGGUCCACGAAACACUCCUGUCGGGUCAAACGAAGUCUUUCCUAGAUUCCCACAAAGACGAAUUGAUACUUUGGGGCGGUAACGUUCGAGAUUCAGAAGCCUACCAGGUGUCUAGCAGCCUGCAAUGCACCAAGUUUCCCUUUGUAGCCUUGAUAUGCCAGACCAACGAGUCUGGGUCUUCUGCCAUGACGGUGAUUAUGCGUGCAGUCGGUCUGAUGCCCGCAUCCGAGCUCGUUGCAAAGCUCGGCACAGCCAUGACCGCGCAACAGGCCCAGUUGAGCGCUGCGCGUGCCCAACGAGCAGAGCAGCAGGCUUCUCGCAAUCUGCGACAGGAGCAGGAUUCGGCAUACGAGCGCUCUUUAGCUCAGGACCGCGAGCGGGCCCGUCGAAGACGAGAGGAAGAAGAGGCCGCUGCCCGAGCCGCGAGGGAAGCUCAAGAACAAGCUCGGGCUCUCGAGAAGAGGAAAGAGAUCGUAGCACAGUGGAAGCAGUGGCGGGCCCAGUCACUCCCGAGUGAACCGGGUCCUGAGGUGAAAGACGCGAUCCGAAUCAGUAUUCGUAUGCCCUCCGGUGAGAGAGUUAUCCGCAGAUUCCGUUCCGAGGCAGACCUCGACGAACUCUAUGCGUUUGUCGAGUGCUAUGAAGUGGUCAAGUCCAGAGAAGGCUCGGCGUUGGAUACCGCCGACGUCGAGGAACCAACGAACUACGAACAUGAAUACGGAUUCCGUCUAGUUUCACCCAUGCCGCGGGCGAUAUUUGACCUGGGAAAGGGAGGUCCCAUAGGUGAUAGAAUAGGAAGGGGAGCAAAUCUUAUUGUGGAACCCAUUGAAGAAGGGGAGGAUAGUGAGGGAGAUGAAGCUCGGUGUGUAUAG